CGCUUCACUCAACCUUCAAGCUUCUUGCCUUCGGACCACUGUCGGUUCCAUUGUGAAGGCCCUGGAACAGUCAAGUCAAGAGAAAUACCUUUUGACCUACAUAGCUUGGUCUUGAUGGUCAUGCAUGCUCUUCAUCAAGAAAUUUUACCUCCCAGUGGGGUGGAAUUCGCCACCAGUCUCAAGCUGACGCCUUCUACGGUCAAGAAUUGGGAGCUCCCGGUGCCACCAAACGCGUCAACACGCCACGAAUUGACGGCCAGAGUUCUCUGCAACGUCGUUAUUGCACGAUCAAAUAUUCUACGAAUAUUCGAAGUGCGAGAGGAACUAGCAACCGUGUCAGUUCAGGAUGAAGAAGAACGGGAGAAGAAUGGCAAGAUACGGAAGGACACGGAGGCGGUUGAAAGCGAGGUGUCUAUGGACAGGCAAGGAGAGGGCUUCGUGAAUAUAGCCAAGUCAAGCUCUCAAAAAGCCUCCGUUCAAACCAUUACCAAGUUUUACUUUCUACGAGAACAUCGCUUGCAUGGAAUUGUUACCGGAAUGUCGGGAGUGAGGUUGAUGGCCUCCUUCGACGACAAACUAGACCGUUUGCUGGUCUCUUUCAGAGACGCCAAGAUUGCUCUAAUGGAAUGGUCGGAUGCCGUUCAUGAUCUUAUUACGGUGUCGAUUCAUACAUAUGAGCGUGCCCCCCAAGUCAUGUUCUCGGAAUCUAGCCUCUUCCGAGCGGACCUUCGGGUUGACCCCCUCUCUCGCUGUGUCGCUUUAUCCCUCCCGAAGGAUUCACUUGCAAUUCUCCCGUUCUAUCAGUCACAGGCAGAACUUGAAGUAAUGGACCAAGACCAGGAUCACGCUCAUUCGAGGGAUAUUCCCUAUUCACCAAGUUUUAUACUGGAUCUCCCCUCGUCCGUAGACAAGAACAUCAAACAUGUCGCCGAUUUUUCCUUUUUGCCUGGCUUCAAUAAUCCAACUAUAGCGGUCCUUUUUCAAACCCAACAGACAUGGGCUGGCCGCCUUAAAGAAUUCAAAGAUACGUUCCGACUGGUUGUCUUCACGCUAGAUAUCUUGUCGCAAAAUUUUCCCAUAAUCUCGUCUGUCGUUGGCCUUCCUCAUGACUGUCUUUAUAUUCUGCCUACAACCACAGUACUGGGAGGAGUAGUUGUUGUCACCAGCAACGCUGUGAUCUACGUCGACCAAGCCGCCCGCCGUAUUACUCUCCCUGUCAAUGGAUGGGCUUCUAGGAUGAGCGACCUUCCUUUCAUGACUCCACCCGGGGAAGAAAGCCGUGAUCUAUCGCUAGAGGGCUCUCGUUCCGUGUUUGUAGACGACAAAACCCUUUUCAUCACACUGAAAGACGGAACCGUCUAUCCUAUCGAGAUCGUCGCCGAUGGCAAGAGCGUAUCGAAACUGGUCAUAUCUGCUGCUAUUGCGCAGACGUCCGUCCCAAGCCUCGUCAAAAAGCUGGAUGACCAUCAUAUCUUUAUCGCAAGUAUGGUUGGACCCUCAGUUUUGGUCAAGGCUACGAAGGUCGAAGAAGAGGUGGACGAUGAUGAGGCUAUGGACACUGUGCCUACGACAGUGGUAGACACAUCCACUACUAUGGAUGUUGAUGAUGAUGAUGAUGAUAUCUAUGGCUCUUCCAUGGUUCCUGAACCUCAAGUCAACGGAACUACAAGCGGAGUCACCAAGAAAACACGGACUGUGAUACACCUCUCUCUGUGUGACACCUUGUCUGCAUAUGGACCGAUCUCUGGCAUUACAUUCUCAGUGGCUAAGAACGGUGAUCGGUCUGUGCCCGAAUUAGUUGCCGCCACAGGCAUCGGUCCUCUUGGAGGUUUCACGCUCUUCCAGCGGGAUCUUCCCUUUAGAACGAAGCGUAAGCUUCAUGCAAUCGGAGGCGCUCGGGGGAUGUGGUCGCUUCCAAUCCGGCAGCCAGUCAAGUCGGGAGGCGUCACUUUUGAGCGACCCAUUAACCCGUUUCAAGCAGAAAAUGACACUCUUAUCAUUAGUACUGAUGCUAACCCAGCUCCUGGUCUUUCACGAAUUGCUAUACGCUCUGUCAAAAGUGAUAUCUCCAUCACUACCCGUAUUCCUGGGACGACGGUCGGGGCAGGGAAUUUUUUCCAGCGAACUGCUAUUCUCCAUGUUAUGACUAACGCUAUUCGAGUCUUGGAGCCAGAUGGUACUGAAAGACAAAGUAUCAAAGACAUGGACGGCAACACACCGCGGGCCAAAAUCCGUGCUUGUAGCAUUUCAGAACCUUUUGUUUUAAUAUUGCGGGAGGACGACUCCAUUGGUCUCUUCAUUGAGACUGAUCGAGGGAAGAUCAGGCGCAAAGAUAUGUCUCCCAUGGGUGAUAAGACCUCAAGGUACCUUGCUGGAUGCUUCUUCACCGAUUUCAGUGGCGUAUUUGAACACGCCCUCGAAAGCAGUGCAGCGGUCCCUAACAGCGCUGUGAGCGAAAAGACAUCGACGUUACAAAACGUCGUAAGUUCGGGUCAUCGAACGCAAUGGCUUCUUCUCGUUCGGCCUCAAGGCAUUCUGGAGAUCUGGGCUUUACCAAAACUAACGCUUGUGUUCUCCACCAGUGCCAUCUCUACACUUCAAAAUGUCCUCACAGACUCGCAUGAUUCUGCCGCAUUGUCUCUGCCCCAAGAUCCUCCUCGCAAGCCUCAGGAUCUGGAUAUUGAACAGGUGCUUGUGGCGCCACUAGGAGAGUCGACACCCCAGCCUCAUCUUUUCGUGUUCUUGAGAAGCGGACAAAUAGCUGUAUAUCAAAUUCUUCCCGCUGGUUCAGCUGCUGAGACGCCAUCAUCUCCUCGGGCUUCGACCCUGAAAAUAAAAUUCAUUAAAACAUACUCGAAGGCGUUCGAGAUUCAGAGGUCCGAGGAAACCGAAAGAAGCGCUAUCGCUGAACAAAAACGUAUCUCACGAGCAUUUAUCCCAUUCGUUACAACACGGGGCUCAGGUGCAACAUUUUCUGGCGUCUUUUUCACCGGUGACAAUCCGAGCUGGAUCAUCGCCUCGGACAAAGGUGGUGUUCAACUGUACCCAUCGGGUCAUGGUGUCGUCCACUCCUUCACUCCUUGUUCGCUAUGGGAGUCGAAGGGAGAUUUCCUUAUAUACUCCGAAGAGGGACCCAGUCUCCUUGAGUGGAUGCCGGACUUUCAAUAUGAAAGCCCUAUCCCGACGCGUUCUAUUCCGAGGGGUCGUCCCUACUCCAGUGUACUGUUUGACCCUUCGACAUCUCUGAUCGUUGCAGCUUCAUCUUUGGAAGCGAGAUUCGCUUCUUUCGACGAGGACGGCAACAGACUGUGGGAGCCUGAUGCUUCGAAUGUAGGGUAUCCCAUGACAGAUUGCUCGACUCUUGAGUUGAUAUCACCGGAUUUAUGGAUAUCGAUGGAUGGCUUCGAGUUUGCCUCAAAUGAAAUUGUCAACGCGACUUCUGUAGUAUCCCUGGAAACGUCAAGCACCGACACUGGCAGCAAGGACUUCAUCGCUGUGGGCACGAGUAUUAAUCGCGGAGAAGACCUUGCCACGAAAGGAUGUACUUAUAUCUUUGAGAUUGUUGAAGUAGUACCAGAUCAAAAGUCUGCGCCGAAGCGCUGGUACAAGCUCAGGUUGCGCUGCCGCGAUGAUGCAAAGGGCCCGGUGACAGCGAUUUGCGGCUUCAAAGGCUAUUUGGUUUCAUCCAUGGGUCAAAAGAUCUUUGUUCGGGCCUUUGAUUCAGACGAACGCCUCGUGGGCGUCGCUUUCCUCGAUGUUGGGGUGUAUGUGACUUCGCUUAGGAGUCUCAAAAAUCUUCUCCUCAUUGGUGAUGCUGUGAAGAGCGUUUCUUUUGUUGCGUUUCAGGAGGACCCCUACAAACUCGUUGUUCUUGCCAAAGAUCUUAACCACGUUUGUGUAACUAAUGUUGAUUUCUUCUUCCAAGAAGACGCUAUGUCAAUUGUCACUUGUGACGAGGAAGGUGUAAUACGGAUGUACGAGUACAAUCCACAAGACCCUGAUUCCAGAGACGGUCGUUCCCUUUUACUUCGGACUGAGUACCAAAGCCAGGCUGAAUAUAGGGCCUCAGCAAUGAUUGCCUAUAGGAGGAACGGGGCUAUGAUUCCUGAAGCCAAACUGAUAUACGGUGCAACAAAUGGAUCAAUCGCUUCUCUGACACCUCUGGACGAACCUGUCGCUAAGAGGUUGCAAUUAUUGCAAGGCCAGCUAACGCGCAAUAUCCAGCAUGCUGCUGCUUUGAACCCAAAAGUGUUUCGCAUCGUGCGGAAUGAUUUCGUUUCCCGACCACUUACGAAAGGAGUCCUCGAUGGAAAUCUGCUUGAGCAUUUCGGAGCAUUGUCAACAUCGAGACAGGUUGAAAUGACAAGACAGAUUGGAACGGAGAGAACCGUCAUUUUGCGUGAUUGGAUUUCUUUGAGUGAAGUUUGGUAAUUUCACGUUUGUAGUUAGUCCUGACGAAUAGACUUGAUCCUACUCGAACAUGACAGCAGUUUU